AUGUGGGUGUUCGGCUACGGCUCGCUGAUCUGGAAGGUGGACUUUCCCUACGAGGAGAAGCUGGUGGGCUACAUCACCUGCUACAGCCGGAGGUUCUGGCAGGGCAGCACCGACCACCGGGGGGUCCCCGGGAAGCCUGGAAGAGUGGUCACACUUGUGGAAGAUCCAGAGGGCUGUGUCUGGGGAGUUGCUUACAGGCUGCCAGAGGGAAAGGAGGAAGAAGUCAAAGCGUACCUGGAUUUCCGAGAGAAGGGCGGCUACAGGACUACUACUGUUGUCUUUUACCCCAAAGAUCCUUCCAUAAAACCGUUCAAUGUUCUUCUCUAUAUCGGAACCUGUGAUAAUCCCAACUACCUGGGCCCCGCUCCCUUAGAAGACAUCGCAGAGCAGAUUCUGUAUGCUGUCGGCCCCAGCGGAAAAAACACGGAAUACCUGUUU